AUGCUAUCGGAAAAGGCUGCGUAUUGGUGGGAGAAUACCCGCCAAAGGUUAGAAGCUAUAUGUACUACGAUUACUUGGGUGAAUUUGAAGACUGGGUUUCUUGAGUAUUUUCCAGCUGGUGUUCACUAUUGGAAAGAGAUUGGGUUCUUCCAGUUGAAACAAGGUAGUAUGAAUGUGGAUAACUAUGCUGCUAAGUUUGAAGAGCUAGUCAGGUUUUGUCCUCACUAUAAUGGUAUGGAAGCUGAAGAUAGUGGUGUGGAUCUUUUUAAUAAAUUCAUUGAAGAUAGUGGGUUGGUGGAUGUGCCUUGUAAAGGAAAAAAGUUUACUUGGUAUAGUGGAGAUGGGAGGUCCAUGUGUAGAAUUGAUCGUUUUCUAGUGUCGGAUGUGAUAGUUAAUAAAUGGGGAGUGUUCAUCCCGUUUGUUGAGAAGGAAUGGAAGGAGAUGGAGGUAGAAGGAAGAGGAGAUUUUAUUCUUAAAGAAAAACUUAGACGGCUUAAAGGGAGGUUAAACUGGUGGAAUAUAUCAGUUUUUGGUAAGAUUGAUUUGGAAAUGGAAGAUAGUGCGAAUGAAGUCAAAUGUGGGGAUUCUAAGUUGGAAGAAUGUUCAGAGGAUUUAAUUGGUGAAGCCCUUGAUGAAAGGAAUGUUGCUAAUAAAAAGUUUUGGUUAAAUUUGAGGAUAAAGGAAAAUAUGCUAGUUCAAAAGUCAAGACUUAGAUGGCUUAAUGAAGGAGAUUCGAAUAGUAAUUUUUUUCACAAAGUGGUGAAGGAAAGAAGAAGACACAAUCACAUAGGGCCUUUAAUCUCUCAAGGGGUUUUGGUGGAAAAGGUGGAGGAGGUGAGGGAGGAAGUGAGAAAUCAUUUUGCAAACAAGUUCAUCGAGACGGAUUCGGAUAGAAUGCUCCUAGAUGGAAUAUCAUUUAAAAGUAUUAGUUCCGAGGAUAAAUUGUUUCUUGAAAGUCCUUUUAUUCUAGAUGAAAUCAAGGAAGCAAUUGGGUGUUGUGGUAGUACAAAGAGUCCGGGACCGGAUGAAUUUUCUUUUAUGUUUAUUAAAAAGUGUUGGCAUAUUAUUGAGGAUGACUUCAUGAGACAUCUUCUUGAUGGAGUGUUGGUGGCUAAUGAGGUUGUGGAUUUUGUUAAGAAAGAGGGGAGGGGUUGUCUUUUAUUCAAAGUGUAUUUUGAGAAGGCUUAUGAUAAAGUCUCUUGGAAUUUUCUUAGAUACUUAUUGAGACGGAUGGGUUUUGGCGACAAAUGUAGGAGAUGGAUGGAAAUGUUGGUGUUAGAACAAGAUUGA